GAAAUGAAGUGCCCACAAAUGAAUGCAAAAUUUAAAUAAUAUUUAUAAUUUUUAACUUCCUCGUUCACUGUGCUGUCAUUAGACAUUAGCAAACUGACUAACAGUACAAUGUUAAAUUUAAAAUGUCGAAGGUAAUAAAUGAAUCUUGUACUCGAAGAAAGAUACCACCGCCUCAGUUAGUUCUAAUUCAUCUACCACCAGAACCAAUACAGAAUGGAAAAAAUCGAAGAAAAUUUCCUUCUUCUAAGGACUGUUUCGUGAAAGUCGCUGUUUCUAAUAUAUCUGCUGGAUCAGGAAGUACAGUAAAGGAACAUGUUCGUGUACGUUAUGAAAGUAAUUCUGGGGAACGAAACACGUUAGAGAAGAGUAAAAGCCUUAUUAACGGAUCAACAUAUCUAUUAGGGAUAAGUGACAUUACCAGACAUCCUAUCACUGCUGAAGAGUCAAAGCUUCCAGAUUUACCAGUACACAAAGUGUGCCAAUACCUACCGCUCAAUUAUUACCCUGGCAAAGAUACUCAACCUGGUCAUUACGGUUUCUGGUUCAGAUUUUUUGGGAAGUCAUGCAAAUUCCACAUAUUAAUAACAUUAAAACUGCACAAACAUGCACCAGGUGAUGCUGACAAGGUCGUUAGUACCAUUGAGUUAGAUAUUAGAAAUAUUCCAAGAUAUGCCAUGAAUAAAAAUAUCCCUAAGAUCUCUUCAAGUAGCAAAUUAUCUGCCUGCUCAUUUUACUCAGAACAGGAAUAUAUUGGUAUUAUGGAGAAAUUACAAAAGUUGCAAGAACAAUGUUUAUGGGAAAAAUGUGCUUCUGUUGGAGAUGAAAUGUUAUUUGGUUUGGAGAAGGGGAAAUCUGAUCUGAAAGCAUGCAUUAUGCUUGAACAAAGCAAAGCAGUUUGUCAUCUUGGCUCCCCUGGGGAUGACAGCACAGUGAUUGCAGAAGGUAUUAUCUCAACAUUGUCAGAUUGUUAUUUACCUUUAGAAACAAAAUGCAGAUUUUAUGUUUUAAAAGCUCUAGUUUUGCAACACCAAUGUUCACAUGACACAGCUGUAACCAAUGCAAAACAUGCCUUAGAUUUUGCAAAAACAGGUGGCUUGUACAUAGAAAAACACUUGAUUGUUAAGUGUUUAAAAUUGAAUUGUUAACAUUUAUGACAUAUGUGUAGUUCACAAACUGUAAAAAUAACUUUUCCAUGCACAAAUAUAGGAAACAGUCUAUAGUUUGACAAUUUAAACCCCUUGAGUUAACUGAUUUCACAGGGCUGGGAGGGGGAUCUCUGUCACUAGGGCCAAGGUUUUUCCUCACUCCCAAAAUCUAAACAUCUGGAAAGGAAAUUACUUUUGCAAUACAAGCCAGCAAUCAUGAUUCAUUUUCUUCUGCUACCACAACUUCAAGGAGAAUUGUAGGUUGAAAAUAAUUGUUUUUGGCAGAUAGUGGUUUCAUUGGUGUGCCAAGAAAACAAUUUCACUGCAACUUCUGUUCACGUCAAAUAAACUAGUGGUUUGAUUAUAGGCAUACAAUCUGAGGGUUCUACUAAACUGUACCUGGAAAGCAUGAAUUACUGCCCAGUUAUAAGCAUCACCAUCCUUUUGCUUUAAAACUUGUUUUUGCUGCAUAUAGAUGUGUGGAAAUCAAAGCAUUCAACACACAUGUGAUUGAUAGCAUCCUGGGAUGUUUAAGGUAAUACAUGAAGGCAUGUAUUAUGAAAAUAUAUGUGGCAAAGAAAUUAUGUUUGUCUAAAAUUUUGUGAGUUACCUAUGAAGCAUUCACUUGGCAUGAAGCCAUAGGCUAUUAAUCAACUUUAAUCUGUACUUAAUAAUUUAGGUAAAUCAUUUUGAGUGGAAUUUGCAGGCAGGUCUUUCCUAUAAAUUUGUAUACAAACUGUAUUGUUAAUUUGCAAAUGAAAUUCAGGAUUGAACAAAAAUAGAAGCAGGUAAAACUGAAUGUUUAAAAUAAAAUACUCUCCAAAACCUCUUCCUUAGGAAUCUGUU